AAGAACAUUUCCAAAGAUCCUCGUACAAAUCAUGGGCGAUCCAAUCAAACAGGAAGAAGGGAAGCCCAAGCACGAAGGGAAUCCCAAUGUAAAGCCCGAGGGGAAUCCCAAUGUAAAGCCCGAGGGGAAUCCCAAUGUAAAGCCCGAGGGAAAGCUCUUGGGGAAGCCCGAGGCGAAGCCCGAGGGGAAGCCCGAAGUGAAGCCCGAAGGGAAUCCCAAGGUAAAGCCCGAGGGAAAGCUCUUGUGGAAGCACGAAGGGAAUCCCAAGGUAAAGCCCGAGGGGAAUCCCAAGGUAAAGCCCGAGGGAAAGCUCUUGGGGAAGCCCAAGGCGAAGCCCGAAGUGAAGCCCGUGGGGAACCCCGUGGGGAACCCCGAUCAGCCGCCUGUGGACAAUAAUAUCCAACGUGCAGUUCUGCUGUUCAUUUUCUUCAGCGCCGCCAUCCGUCUGCUGGCGCUGGCUGUCCAGAGGAGGCAUUCUGCCUAACGCCAGGAUCCAGCAGGCCAACAAUGAUACACACCGAAACACACUGAGACACACUGAGACACCAUGGAUGCCAUCAAUCCUCAAGAAGUAGAAACUGAACAUUUGUGGACACAACAAGCAAGACACAGCAGCCAUCAUUCCAAUGAAUAAAUAAGA